GCGUCACACCGUUGCUCUGGAGGUUCUAGGUGAGCCUGUGGUUCUCUCCCCGCCGAGGAGCAGCGCUGAGGGAGAGCUGAGGCUUCGCGUUACCUGAACUCCCUCCGUCGAAUGGUACCCGCGGAGUGGGCAUGACGGGGAAGAAGUCCUCGCGGGAGAAGCGGCGCAAACGCGGCCGGUCGGAGACCGCGAUGUCCACGGCGCCUAUUCCGGCGGGAGGAGAGAGACGGAAGCGGAGAAGCACGGACUCUACGAGUCUCCCUCUUCCCCAGCCACAGGAAAUGAAAUGUCCAUUGCCAUCCGUGGAAAGAGAGAAAGAAAAAGAAGUAGAGGAGCCUAGUGACAUUGAAGAAGGUGGAUUGGACCUCACUGUAUCACUAAAACCAGUUAGCUUCUACAUAGCAGAUAAAAAAGAAAUGCUUCAGCAGUGUUUCUAUGUCAUAGGAGAGAAGAAAUUGCAGAAGAUGCUUCCUGAUGUCUUAAAGAACUGUUCACUAGAUGAAAUAAAAAAACUCUGCCAGGAACAGUUAGAACUCCUAUCAGAAAAAAAGCUCUUGAAGAUUCUUGAGGGUGAGAAUGGGAUCGACUCUGAUACGGAAGAAGAGGCAGAUGAUGGAUCUAAGAUGGGAUCAGAAUCAGUCAGUCAGUACUCCUGCAGUCCCUGUGGCCAGGACAUUUUUUUCUCCGAGGCUUUACCUGGACUUCUUGUGGGGUCACUAUCCUCUUCGGGUUUUAGCCACUGGGCAUCUCUCAAACCAAGACAAGACAACAGUGUAGAUUCUACCUCAUCCCUGAGGGAAAACAAGCAGCCUGAAGGUUUGGAAUUAAAACAAGGCAAAGGUGAAGAUAGUGAUGUACUCAGUAUCAAUGCUGACGCAUAUGACAGUGACAUAGAAGGACCAUGUAAUGAAGAAGCGGCUGUGCCAGAUGUCCCGGAAAAUGUCAAAAGUGAAGCUGGUCAAAUAGAUGACCUCCAGAAGGACAUUGAGAAAAGUGUGAAUGAAAUACUGGGAUUGGCAGAAUCCAGCCCAAAGGAAUCUAAAGCAGCCGCACUGACUGUCCCUCCCUCAGAAGAUGUUCAGCCUUCAGCGCAACAGCUGGAGCUCUUGGAACUUGAAAUGAGGGCCAGGGCGAUUAAGGCCCUGAUGAAAGCUGGUGAUGUUAAAAAAAUAGCUUAAGGUUAUUUCAUUUUAAUAAGCUUUUGUAUUUCCUUGAAGGGAAUAAUGUCAGUUUAUUUCAGUUAUAAAAUUUAUUAGUAUUUUAUGUGACAUUCCUCAUUCAACCCUAUUUUGCAAAGCCUGAUCUUUGGCCAAAAAUGCUUAUAUAGUUAUUUUUUGUUGGUUCUACUGUGAGGCUUUUUUUUUUACUUGUGACUCAUAAAGCUGGAUUAUUUGGACACUUUGCUAGAUCAGUAUUUAUUUGGGCCUAGUUAUUUUUUGGCAUCCAUUAACAAAGGGUCCCAGAUUAUAUACAUUUAAGUCAAAAAUAUGACUUAAUGCUUCAUAAAAAUAAUGACCAAGUAGGUUGCCUUUUAAGACUGCCUGCACUUUUUCAGUAAGAAGUUAAAUUGUUUCCCUUUAAACUUCUUUACAGUUGAAAAAUUCAGUUUUGUAUAUGCACUUUUAAGAAUACCAGUGUCUUGAAGAUGCCUUUUAUUGAUUUUUGAAAUAUUCUGAUGUGGUGUUGCCAGGCUUCUCAUUGGGUCCAAAAUGUUAAGAAUAUGUAUUUAGUUAAAGCUGAAAAACUAUUUUUUGUACAAUUAAAUGCGUACUUAAAGAUCUGAAGUGACUGAGGAGGAGCCUUUUUACAUAGUAACAUAAAUCAUUUUCCAACAAACAAACCACUUUAAAAGGUUUUUGGUUCUGUUGGACAUUUUGUUGAGCUUCUUUCCUGAUUGGGGGGAAAAAUUCAUUUACAUUCCAAGUUAUGAGUUAAAGAGAAUAUUUUGUUUUACCAGAUUUUAUCUGGGAGUUUUUGGUUGAAGAUCUGCUGUGAUAAUUCAUUCAAUUUAAAAAAACAAAAAAGACUACUCUUCUGGGGAUGAAGACUUUUUGAUACUUUGCCAGUAAUAAAGUUGUUUCAUAUCAGCGUGGAGCACUUUGAUCACCUAAUAAUGUGACAAUUACCCUCUAGUUUUGUAGCAUUUAUAAGAAAAUUAACACCUUAAUUUUAUCUUUAGGAUAUACUUAUUUUUCUUUAGCAAUAAUUUUAAAAUUUAGUACAAAGCUAAUUUGGGAGACUCUUGACUUAAAAUAAAUCAAUUUUUACUGGA